CUCCUGCGGAAAUUCCUCAAAAACCACGUCAUCGAGGACAUCAAGGGCCGCUGGGGCGCCGAGAACCUGGAGGACAACGGGGCCCUGUACAGAUUCCCUCCAACCUCUCCAGUCAAACCUCUACCAAGCCCACCAAGGGAGAACUUGGAAAACUUCUCUGGAGACAAAGGAAAACUUUUUAAACUGCCCAGCUCAUCCAAAAGGGGUUUGAAGAAACAGGAGUUGCUGCAGUCUGUGGAAAACUUAGCAAGACCAAAAGCUGAUGUAGCAGAAGAAAAGAAGGAAGGCACACAGCAAAGGAGGGAAAUAACACAGGAAUAUGUGCAAGAAACAUGGAGAAAUAUCAUCCAGAUACAUCUGCAGAGCAUUUUGGGACUGCCCUCGCUGGAGGAGGUUCUGCAGCCAGCCCAGAUCAUCCCUGAGUUUGUCAUGUACAACAUGAGCAACACCAGCAAACACGGCGUGGUCGUCCUGCAGGACAAAGCAGAAGACCUCCCUCACUGGGUGCUGUCAGCCAUGAAGUGCUUGGCCUACUGGCCCAGGAACAAGGACAUGAGCCAGGACACCUACAGUGGCUUUGAGCGGGACGUGUUCAGAACAGUUGCUGAUUAUUUUCUCAGUCUUCCUGAGCCAUUGCUUACUUUUGAAUACUAUGAGCUCUUUGUUAAUAUCUUAGGUAUGUAUGAGUUUAGAAACCAUCAGGGAAGCUCUGAGUUCAGAUCAGCUGGGGACAAAUGUGAUUCAAAGCAGAGCUCGGCCUCCUGGUGUGUGUGGGAGCUCCAGUCUGAGGAGGAUCAUCCCUGCUCCAUUCUGUAUUAGUGUUAAUUAAAGUGGACUUCUGCCUCAUGAUUUCCCAUUUAAAUUGCUGUUUCAGCUCACAUUCUAAAUAUUCAAUAACAAGAACUUCAGAAGGUGUGCUUGUUCUGCCUGCUCCUCACUGUUGCAGUGUUACCUGUCUUUGUUCUUGCAUGUUGGAUGCAACUGCCUUGUUAAAUUGCUUUGGGACUGAACUAAAGUCUUCUUAAUUAAUAUCUUAA